GUUCUCCUUUUUCGGAGACUUCUGAUGAAGUUGAGCGUGUGUGAGUGUGUUUGGCGAAGAGUGAAAUGUCAUCGGUAUACGUGUAAUCUUUUCAUUCCUCGCUGGAAAAAAGGUGAAAAUCGCGAAAAGUACAGCGUCAGAAGUGUCCCAGAAUCGUGAAAUUCCAUCUUCAGCUGGUGCUGCUGCCCUUUUUGCUGCUAAACUGUCCAGAGAUGACGCGCGAGCGAUAGAAGUCGUACAAGUUGGGCGACAUAACCUCAAAGGGAGAUAUUUUUAUAACGCGAGAGAGGAAAAAGAGCUGCGAAAAUGCGUCUUUUCGCAGUUGUUUGGCUAUUAAUAGUGGCUGUUUGCCAGGUCAGAGCCUCCACCAGUCAUUCCAUCACGACAUUCAUCAACGCCAAGUGGAAUGUCACGCCGUUCGCUCUGGAAGUGUCUGAAUACCUGGCGGACGAGAAUGCCAACCUGUUCUGGGACUUUGUGGACGCUGUGAACGAGCUGGACAUGGAGGCAACGCAAUCAGACGACUCCAAGAGCUACAAACAGAGCCUGAAGGUGGCGGAGAAGCUCCUGAGCGCUCCUCAAGUGAGUCUCCUGAAGCUCUCCCUGUCCCUGCACAGUCUCUCACCUCGUGUGGAAGCGCACCAGCAAAUAGCCCAGGAAGUGCUCGAGGACAGCGACUGCAAAGCCUCGACUUUUGCAGUGAUUGGCGGAAAGAUCGCAUGCUCAAUUGCAGAGCUGACGAAACUGAUGAAAUCUCCCCAAUCUUCAUCGCUGGAGAUCUUCCAAUUCGACCACAUCUAUCCUGGAUCUGAGACCACGGAGAACACAGUCAUUCUUUAUGGGCUGAUUGGCACGCGGGAGUUGAAGAAGUUCCACGAUCUCUUGCGCGAUCGCGCAAUUGCCGGAGAUGUUCAGUAUGUUCUCAGGCACUAUGUCAAGGGUAGGGCAAAGAAGAAGGUGCGUCUAUCUGGCUACGGAGUGGAGCUGCAUCUCAAGUCCACGGAGUACAAAAGUCAGGACGAUUCGCCGCGUGCGCCUGGCGAGAAUGUGGCUGAACAAGUGGACACGGGAGAGACUGAAGUAAAUGGAUUUGACUUUCAGAUACUAAAAUCGCGCUAUCCGGAACUGUCGCAAUCGCUGGAGUCCUUCAGGUUGCGAUUGCUGGAGAAGAGUCACGAGAUUGCGCCACUGAAGGCGUGGGAAUUCCAGGAAUUGGGACUCCAGGCAGCGCAUCAGAUCGCCUCGACGCAGAGCGACGAAGCGCUGCACAUAAUUCAGUACACGGCGCAGAACUUUCCCGUCCAGGCCAAGUCGCUGAUCCACACGACAGUCGACGAGAGCUUCAAGAAGGAGAUGAAGCACAACAUUGACGUCCUGGGCAGGAAUCUGAACCUACAGCCGCCGGACGCGGCUCUGUUCAUCAACGGGCUGUUCUUCGACGCCGAGACCAUCGACAUGGAGAACCUCCUGGAGACGCUGAAGAGUGAGAUGCGCUCGCUGGACGGCCUGCACUUGGUGGGCGUGAGAGGAGCGGCUGCGAAGUCCCUGAUUGCGCUGGAUCUGCAAUCGUCGGCCAAGGAGUUCGCCAUUGACUUCAGGGACUCAUCAAUUGUGUGGAUCAACGAUAUUGAGCACGAUUCGUCGUACAGAAGAUGGUCUUCGAGCGUGAUGGAGCUGUUGAGGCCAACGUUUCCGGGAAUGCUGAGGAAUAUUAGGAAAAAUCUGUUCAAUCUCGUGCUGAUUGUCGAUCCCGUGACGUCGGCUGCGCGUGGAAUUCUCAAGCUAGCCGAGAGCUUUGUGCAACACUCCGCGCCUGUGCGUCUGGGCGUUGUUCUGGACUUCCAGAAGGCUGAGGGAGCAAAGGAAGAGGUAUACAAUGCGAUCCUGCGCGCUUUCAACUAUGUCACGCAGAAGAAGAGUGCAAAGGAAGCACUCAGCUUCCUCAGCGAACUCUAUUCAGCCAUCAAUGCGGAGCGGGAUGUGACUGUGGAGGACAUUCAGAUGCAGCUGAAACGAGGGAAUUCGGGAUUGACGCCGGAGCAGAUCAAGGACAUCAUCGACGAGGAUUCUGACUAUGAUUACGGACGGCAGCUGUCGAUGGAGUUCGUGCAGAGAUUGGGCAGCACUGCAUCGCCCAGUGCCAUCAUGAAUGGCGUUCCUCUGCCCAGCGCCAGCCUGACUGUGGAUGACUUCGAGGAGCUCGUGCUGACGGAGAUCAUGUCGCAGACGCCGACGCUGCAGAAGGCGGUUUACAAGGGCGAACUCACGGACAGCGAUGACAUUGUCGACUACUUGAUGGGAUUGCCGCACGUGAUGCCGCGUCUAAACGCGAAGAUUCUCUCCACCGACGACGUGCAGUUCCUGGACGUCAGCGGGAAACCACACAAGGAUCUCGAGAACAUCAAAGCCAUGGCGAAAUUGUCAAAUAGUGACAUGACGGCGACUCUGCUGGAGAAUGUGAAGUACUUUGCGCCGAAGAACUCCUUCACCAAACUCCAGGACAAUCAAGUGCACUUCGUCACACUUAUGGUUGUGGCGGAUCUCAUGACUGACGAUGGUCUGCAGCUCUUCCGCAAUGCUGUGGAGUUUGUGAAGAACACCAAGAGUGUCAGGUUGACUUUUGUGCCCAACACUGAAGGAUCCGCGAAGCCAGCGAGAGAGAAUCUUAACAAUCUCGUGUGGGCAGCGAGUCACACUCUCUCCGCCACGGAUGGCCUGAACUUUGUCAGCAAUCUGAUCGAGGAAUUCAAUGGGAAGAAGGCAGAUAUUCCGAAAUCUCUGCAUGAUCUUCUGUCCUCGACGACUCUCCACAUGAAGAUGCUGAGAGUCUAUUGUCAGCGCGUGCUGAAGAUGAGGAAGUCUGACAGUGGCGUGAUCAUCAAUGGAAGGAUUCUGGCGCCGCUGGCAAGCAAGGAAAUCUUCACGGUGGAAGAUUUUGGUCUCCUCGAGCGCUUCAGUCAGUUGCAGUACGGCGAGAAGAUUAGGAAGACGCUGAAAGACACUCUGCCCGAUGACACUGUGCUGACCAGUGACAUGAUCGUGAGACUUGUGUCAAUUCUCGUGCCUCGGACACACACCAAGAGUCGCUAUGUGAUGCCGGCGGAGCUGAAGGAUGAUCACACGGUGGUGAAUUUGGAGCCAAAAGUGGCCAAAGGACCCUUUUUCGAGGUCGUGGGUGUGCUUGAUCCCGCUUCCAAGGGGGCGCAGAAGCUGGCGCCCAUUCUGAUCCUCCUCCGGACGGUGCUGAAUUGCCAUAUGAAGGUUUAUCUGUGUGCCGUGGACAAGCACAGCGACAUGCCGGUGAAGAACUUCUACAGAUACGUUGUGGAGCCGGAGAUUCAGUUCAGUGCCGAUGGGAAAUCCACCAGAGGACCAAUUGCCAAGUUCACAGGGUUGCCGGUGAAUUCUCUGCUGACGCAGAACUUGCAAGUGCCGGAGAAUUGGCUGGUGGAAGUGGUGAAUUCCGUCUAUGAUCUGGACAACAUCAAGCUGGCGGACAUCAAUGGACCUGUGCACAGUGAAUAUGAGCUCGAGUAUCUUCUGCUCGAGGGACAUUGCUUCGAUUCGAUGACUGGUGCACCGCCGCGCGGAUUGCAAUUCACGCUGGGCACGAACAGGCAGCCGAUCAUCGUGGACACGAUCGUGAUGGCGAAUCUGGGCUACUUCCAGCUCAAGGCCACGCCCGGCGCUUGGAAUCUGAGGCUCAGGCACGGCAAGAGCGCCGAUAUCUACGACGUCACGAGCGCCGACGGGCCGAACACUGUUCACGGCGGUGAGAGCACGCGCGUGAUCAUCAGCUCGCUGAAGUCGCACGUGCUGAAGGUGAAGGUGACGAAGAAGCCCGACAAGCAGUCGGCGGAUCUGCUGGGUGACGAUGGAGAGGCUCAGGCGGGCAUUUGGGACUCAAUCACGAGUUCCUUUGGCGGCGGUUCGGAUGCCCAAGAUUCUGAAGUUAUCAAUGUCUUCUCAGUGGCUUCAGGACAUCUCUACGAGCGUCUUCUGAGGAUCAUGAUGGUGUCGACGAUUAAGCACACAAAGUCUCCGGUGAAGUUCUGGUUCCUGAAGAAUUACCUUUCGCCGCAAUUCAUUGACUCUCUGCCGCACAUGGCGAAGGAGUACAACGUUCAGUAUGAAUUGGUGCAGUACAAGUGGCCGCGAUGGCUUCACCAGCAGACUGAGAAGCAGAGAAUCAUUUGGGGAUACAAGAUCCUCUUCCUUGACGUCCUGUUUCCGCUGGAUGUCAAGAAGAUCAUCUUCGUGGACGCCGAUGCGAUCGUCCGGGCGGACAUUAAGGAACUGCACACGAUGGAUCUCGGCGGCGCGCCGUAUGCCUACACUCCGUUCUGUGACUCGCGCAAGGAGAUGGAGGGCUUCAGGUUCUGGAAACAGGGCUACUGGCGCAAUCACCUGCAGGGCAGGCGUUAUCACAUCUCGGCGCUGUACGUGGUGGAUCUCAAGCGCUUCCGCAAGAUUGCGGCCGGCGAUCGGCUGCGCGGACAGUAUCAGGCGCUGAGCCAGGAUCCCAACAGUCUGUCCAAUCUGGAUCAGGAUCUGCCGAACAACAUGAUCCACCAGGUGGCCAUCAAGAGUCUGCCGCAGGAGUGGCUGUGGUGCGAGACGUGGUGCAGCGACGACGGCCUGCGCACGGCCAAAGUAAUUGAUCUCUGCAACAAUCCGCAGACCAAGGAGGCGAAGCUCACGGCGGCGCAGCGGAUUGUGGGCGAGUGGGUGAAGUAUGACGUGGAGAUCAAGAAUGUGCUGAACAGGGCGGAUGCCGAGCUCCACGGUGAAAUCCUGGACAAGGCGCCGCCACAGGGCGAAGAGCAGCAGGCAGGAGAGAAGGACGAACUGUAGAAGUGACCAGCAUUCCUGAACACCGCGUAAUUCCGAUUCUGCUGUGCUAUUCGAGAGAAGCGCCUCUGACUUUAGAACAAAUUGACGUGAGAAUAAACAGGAUUUGGCAAA